CAGAAUGGUUGGAAUUGACGGAUCUUGCGAAGGCAUAUAUAAUGGGCUUGCGAACAGGCGAUGCAUGAGCACAAAUUCGGUCACACGACUCGCACAUCUAUUACUCUCGGCGAACACCGGGUGCGAAGGGUUUAUACGCUAUAUCUUUUCCACAGGAACAUGAUGGGGGACCUCCUGCACACGCAGGCUAUUGAAACGUUGUCAAGGGCGUUCCCGCACGCGGUGCUCCGCCCAGGCGAGCCGCGAUAUGAAGAAGAGAACGGGAGAUUCUGGAACCAGGACAAUGCGGAUGUGAGACCGGCGGGUAUUGUGGCGCCCGGAGAUGCGGAUGAGACAGCAAAGAUUCUCCAAGUCCUGAGUGACACAAAAACGCCUUUCGCCAUCCGAAGCGGCGGCUACAUGCCCGUACCCGGCUUCAACACCUCGCCCUCCAUCCUGAUCAGCCUAUCCCGCCUUACCUACGUCUCUCUCCUUCCCUCUCCAUCACAGGACGGCGAAACGCCUCUAGUAAAGUUCGGCGCAGGAAACACCUGGGGCCGCAUCUACGACGCCCUCUCUCCCCAUGGGCUCGUCGUACCCGGCGCCCGCAGCCGCCCCAUCGGGGUAGGCGGGUUCCUCUUGUAUGGCGGGGUCAGCCAUUUCUACGCAAGCGUCGGGUGGGCGUGCGAGGCUGUCACGGAGUUCGAAGUCGCGCUUGCGAGCGGUAUCGUCGUCACUGCGAAUGCUACGCAGAAUGCGGACCUAUUCUGGGCGCUAAAAGGCGGCGGUGCGAAUUUUGGGGUUGUCACAAGCUUCACGAUGCGCACGCGGAAGCUGAAGAAAUUGUGGGGAGGCGUAAGGGUGGCAGUUGGGACGCAGCUCACGGCUUUGCAGGUAUUUACCGCGCUGCAUGAGGGGAUCCAGGGGGACGUCGACGAGAAGGCGCAUGUGGAGGUGAUUACUUUUUACAGUCCGGAAACGUGUGGCUCUGGUGACGCACUAUUUGUGCUUUCCCUGGCGUAUGCAGCCGAGGUGGAGAACCCAGUCGCGUUGAAGGGCUUUCUAGACAUCGAGGCUGUGAGUGAUGGAACGAGGAUGACAACACAAAGAGACCUCGCAGAGGACGACAAAGUGAAUGUUGGGUAUGACAAGAGGGGCUUGUUCCGCGCGUUCAGCUACCGCGGUAGUGCGGAGUUGACGCUGGACAUAUACUCUACGUACUACGCGUUAGUAAAAGCCUCCGGGUUGUUCGACGCUGAUCCCAGCGCCAUGGCGGCGCUGCUGUGGCUCCCGGCGGGGCGGAACCUCGCCGCAGGCACUGGAGUGAUGGCGCUUGGUGAGGAGGCCGAGCCGUACUUAUCGUGCAGCAUCUGCAUGCGGUGGUCGGAUCCCUCCGCCUCUGCGCGGAUUCAUGCCAUCGCCGACAGCAUUGCAGAGAAGCUGAAGAAGAAGCCCCGCGACGCUGGCGCGUUCGUCACGUUUACCUAUGGCAACAUUGCAGGCGUGCAAGAUCAGACAUUUUCGGGUCUGCCAGAGAAGACGAGGAGGAGGUUGAGCGAUGUGGCGAGGAAUUAUGACCCAGAGGGUGUGUUUCAGACACAGGUACCGGGGUUCAAGCUCGCGUAGAGAAUGGGGGGUCGGGCGGCUCGUAUGGCGAGAUAUCAACACUUCGGAGGGUCCAGAUUCGCUCCGCUGCCGAACGGGAGCCAUGAGAUUUCCUUGCCUGCUAUGGGGAACGAUGGUGGGGCGUUGGGGGCGGAGUGUUGGAGGAAAUGGCGGGCAAAGAGGUGGGCACGGGGUGGCUGUCGUGCGGGUCGGCCCAGGUUUGCGAGUUCAUUUGGCCUGUGGUGACAACUCGGGUCAGUUUGCUUUGAACGGAUGUUGGAUCGGCGGGGGAAACAGACCUGGUGUCGACCAUGCGACUACGAAGCGCUCGUUCGGUAUCACCCACCCCCAAAAUGUCAAUCGCCUCCGUCGUCUUGCGGAUGAACAUGUUGUGGCAUCUCAGGC